CCUAACCAACCCUCGACAAUGCAUCCAGCACAACCAUCACGACCCCCACCCCGCGCACCUGGCAGCUUCAGUCCCUUGCCAGGAGCGGUUUCCCAAUCAUCAUCCACCAUGGCGCCACAGCGACCGCGCCCUCCACCUCGUCUCGAUUCCGAAACGGCCGAAGACGACUCGUCCAUUGCGUCCCUUGCGUCCCUUGCGUCUCUUCAUGUCGCCAGGCAACGUUCGCAACUCACUGCCCACCCCAACUCGAGUUCAACCUCAAUAAACACAAACCCCCACAACUUCUCCCGCCCAACCGCGCAACGGCCUCACGGCAGCGGGGAUCCUACAUCGGCCGCUGGUCACACAUCGAGCCCCCUAAGAAAGGCCCGCCAUCACGCGAGGAAACAUAGCCAUACCCAAGGCCUGUUCGAGCCUACCCUCCCUUCGACGAGCACAUCGAACCUAUCGCAAAUUGGCAUGACCCAGACCCCAACCCCCACGCGGCCGCAGAGCCCGGCGCUCACGGCUAGUCAGAUUGCCGCUCAGGCCGCCUUCCAACACCAAAACAAUGCCAACAGCAUCAGACAGCGUUCACAGACCGUGCCUCCCCCCGUAGAUGGCAACGGGGUUGGAAACGACGGUGCCAGAAGGGGCAGCUCGGGUAGAGGCCCACUGAGCCCGCCUAUGCUCAGCUUGACCGAAGCGAGCGCCCCACGAGAGAGCGGUUUCGGGAAUCAAGGGUACCACAACGGUCUUCUGGGGAGCUAUUCGGCUGCGGCCGCCACUGCUGCGAACGCCGCUUACCCCAGGUCGGGACAGACAUCGCCCAAACUACCGCAGCCCCAGCCCCAGCCGCACCCUUCACCCACUCAUGUGCCCGUCGCCGUCUCCGAGGCGGCCCGGCCAGCCAAGCCCGAGAAGGAGAAAUCCAAAGUCAAAUUGUUCUCUCGGCCGGGUAAGAUUGUUACCAAAAUCGAUACCAGGGAAAAACCCAUGCCCAGUCCGAGCAAGAUCGGAUCGGCUCUCGCCUCACUGCAGCGGGGCAACUUCAGCACUACCAGCCUCGUCGACACGAGCAGCCACUCCCUCUACAGCAUGAACAACUCGUCCUCGGCCACCAUUCGACCCAUCGAUACCCCUGCCGAAAGAGAAGGGAAGGAGAGAGAAAAAGAGAAGGAGAAAAGACACAACUUUCUGUCUCGCCAGAAACAGAAGCUCAAGGAGGAUUACCAUCUAGCCUUGUCGUCGGCAUCGAGCAACUCCAAGCCCACGGACCCCAGCGCUCCCACGAGCCUGUACAGUUUCAACGUACCCGCCAGUCCCGUACCGUCUAGCGGCUCCUUCACCAAGGUCAGGAAAGACAAGAAGGUGGAAAGGUCCGAGAGCCGGCUAGAUGGCGAGUCCACCUUCUCUUCCGAGUGGCCGGCUUCGGGAAGCCUGACCACCUUGGCCAACGCCUCGUCGGCUCAUCUCCUCGACCCCGUCGAUUCCAGCAAGUACGGGCUCAACAGCAUGGCUCUCGACGAUGCCUGGCCAUACCUCAAAGCGAAAAUGAUCGUCGUCUUCGAAGGGGAGGACCCGCGCCAACCCGUGGAAGACUUCAACCGGCUCGUCAAUCUGCACAUACAAUACUGCAUCCAGCGGAGGUCGCCUACCAUCAUAGUGGACGACUUUCGCGAACUUUUGACGACGGGGUUCACGUCUCUGGACCGCUCUCUGCGGCGGACCCAGGAGGACAAGUUCAUUCCCGCCCUGGUCGAGAUGUGGCUCAUCACCUACACCUCCAUUCUCCCCUUCCUACAGGCCGUCUUCCUGCCGCUCGACCUCGAGUUCUCCGGGUGCGGCUCUCUCAUGACGCCCGAGCAAGCCCGCGAUUUCUGGGGCGGCGUUAUUGCAGGCGACUCCCCCGAGGUCAGUCCGGCGUCCUCGGUCCUCGACGUUCGUCGGUUGGUUCUCACCGCGUUUCGCGACAUCGUCAUCCUUCCCCGAUACGAGACCCUCAAGACCAUCUUCUCUCGCCUAUCGCUCGAAUUCCUCCCCUCCACUUUCGCCCAGAUGGCCCUCUCCUCCCCCUCCCCCUCCCCCUCCCCAGACUUUGUCUCCGCCCUCUCCACGAGCCCCGCCACCCAGACCUCCGACCUCGGCGGCGGCAUGAUGAUGCGUCCCGGAACGGCCAUGAGCCUCGACCCCUCCGUGGCGAGCUACGGGUCCACCUCCACAACCCUCCUCGGCGACACCGGAAGCGCGACCGGCUCCCACAGCGCCGCGAGCCGCAGCCGCGCCAUCAGCAACGUCAGCUUCGCCAGCGGCGGGAGCGACGGCCAGCUUCGCCCCUUCACGCCGUCGUCCCUGGGCCACCAGCACCAGCACCAGAACCAGCACCAGCACCAGUACCAACACCAGCAGACGCUGCUCGGCAGCGUGCGGGAGCAGAACGUCGAGGACUCGAAACAGGUCACGGAGAUGGUGGGGCGGAUGCUGCAGUGCAUGAGCAUCCUGGCGGGCGUCGGCGUCGCGGGGGACGGGAGCGACGAGGCGAAUAAGAAGAUGGAGGAGCUGUGUCGGCUUCUCAAGCUGAACUGGCUCGGACGCGGUCGCACGGGCCGGAACAGGAGGGGCAUCGUCGGUGGGAGGGUGAAGAGGGAUGUGACCCAGGAGUCCGUGAAGGAGGCACUGCGGGUCGCGUAGAUCCAUUCCCCUCCGAAAUGAAGGUACGGCAAGGGCAUGAAGAAAGAAAUGAAACGGGGAGGAGAGGCAUGGCUGGGUGCUUCAUGAGAUUUACGACUGGGGGGUUUCGUUUUCCUUUUUUUUCUUUUCGUUUUGGCACGAUCACACAGGACAUGGCGGCGUCAUGGGCAGCCAGGACUUUAGGUAUGGGGGAGGUCAGAUUAGGGUGAUGGCGUUGUACUCCUUGAAAGUACACAGGAUAUGAUGGUUGAUAGGCGCAAGAUACCUUACUUCAACAUAAAGGACGGUGGAUGAGUUACAGUAGCCCACAUAUCUAAGUGAGAGCGUACAGAGUGUAGAACACAAUUCAAAAGGAUGCGAGUACGGC